AUGACCAAAGCCACCGGUGUAAGACAAUACCGAGCAUGUGUUAGGUGUCGCGCGCGCAAGACGCGAGACAGUAUUGGCGAACGAGGAAGACCGCCGUGCGCAAAAUGUGUACGCGAAGGAGUCGACUGCUCUUUAGCUGGGUCGCGACGAGGCGGCGAUUUCUCACAGUACCGAGGCAACAAGAGGCAAAGACGCGAUAGUGACGUUGCCACGGCGCCAUCAGUGGUUUCAGCAGCAUCUUUUGUCCCAGAAACAAUCGCAGAGACGCCAAAGCCUCGUGAACAGCCACUGCAUCGGUCCCUCCAGAAUCCCUCUGAUGCCCUGCUGAUCCUUGCCCGAGCGGCGGAGGACGGGGAUGAUGAUGAGCCAGGAGAUGCCGGACUCAACAAAUCAACACCUGGAAACGCAUCUUCUAUCUUAGGCUCGAUUCUGUCUCCGGGACAGCAAGCCCGGACAGACCAGCUCUCGUCUUUAGCAUCGCCCGGAAACCAGCUUACGGCACACCAAGCCGUUGAAGAUAAGUAUACACGCCAAUCACAAGAGAUUGAACCGCUCACAGAAGCAAGCUAUGCCGAUAAUUAUCACCCAUUCUUCCCGAUCGUCCCCGCCAAUGUGCUCAUGCCACAGUUCCUCCCCGAUACCAUCAAGCAUGAAUCGUUUCUUCUCACAGCUGCUCUAGUAGUGGCUUCAAGAGAUCAGUCCGACCUGACCGAGCUACAUCAGUCAAUAUGGCAACACAUGCGACGCCUCAUCCUCGAUGUCGUUCUUGGCAUGUCCACAAUACGCAGCGUAGGAUGUGUGGAAGGGCUCCUGAUCCUGGGGGAAUGGACUCCGCUUACACUGGGGCAAAAUGAUGACGGGGGAGAAGGCGCAGCAUGGUCAAUAUUAGGGCUCGCCGUCAGGCUUGCGUACUUGCUGCGACUUGAAGAUUCCUCUUUCAGGGCAGACAAAGAAGCUGACCCAGCAAUGUUGAGAAGACGGCUGGCAUGGACAUUUACGUACUUGUCAGACCGCCAGAUCUCUAUCCGCAUGGGCCAGGCUUUCUGGAGCAGAGGACCGGCGCUAUCUGCAAGAUUCACCGCUGACGACUUCCCAUCGCUACAGCCGCAGUACACCUCAGGGGAAGAUUUUGCAUCUCUGCUACAGGCACAGGUUGAGUUGACAACUUUGUUCGGGAACGCCCACGAUAUUCUCUUUGCAUCAAAACAACGUACCGGAGAACUCAUGGUCCGGGGUGAUUACACCAAGUACAUUGAUGAUGCGAGCCGCGCUAUCGUCGCGUGGGAUCUCAUUUGGAACGGACUCACAUGCUCUCAGCAUCUGAAGUCAUGUCUCAAGAUGAUGGAGAAGUAUCUUCGUCUUUACGUCAAUGCCUUCGCCUUUCAAGCUGUUCUCUAUCGGGCAUCGGCAUCCGGCACGCAAGAAGUCUCAAAGUCGGCAUGCUUCCCGCACUCAGCUAUGGCUAGUCCCGAUGCUCGUCAUGUUUACGAGGCUGUAGACGCUGCCGAAGCUCUGUUAAGGAUUGCCAUUGAAGACAUUGAUGCCGAGAAAUAUCUGAGAUACAUGCCCGCUCGGUUCUACUUAUACGAAAUACAUUCAUCUGUGUUUCUUUACAAAGCACACGCAUCUGGCGCCGUCUCAUCAGGAAAACAUGCCCAGACAGCAAACCUGAUGCGACGGUUCAUCGGAGUACUCGAGAUCGCAGCCACAGACGCAGAUCAUAUCGCCGCAAAGUACGCCAAGCUUCUCAACGGUCUCUGGUUCCAUCGGUCGGAUUCAUCUGCAGAUGCAACAAGGAAGCAUAAUUCUGGUAGCAAUUCUCAUUCAAAUGAGCUCCAAGAAGCCAACGCUGUGCAGACUUAUACAAAUGAAGUCAACGAUGCAGACUCGAACCACCUGCCUUCGUUCGAUGAGAUUGGACUGCAGCCUUUAGACUGGAUCGAGUCUGUUGAAGGACUUUUCUCUAUGCCAGCUGCUUUUCCUUGGGAUCAGCCAAUCUUUUGA